AUAAUAUUUACUUCGCUGUCGUUUUGGAAACACGUCCUGCCAUCGUUGGAUAUGGUUGUUCUGUACAAAGCCCUUUUAAUAUACUUGGCCUAAUAGUUUUAAUUCGAUAAUUAGCUACCAUAUAAUUGGGAUGAAUAGAAUUCUGUAGGUUCUGCCUCAAGGACUACUGAAAGUACACGAUAUUAGUGAUGGGUGACGGUUCAAAGCUAUGUCUUGUAAUGUCAGUCGAAUCAAUCCAAGAUACAAAGGAGUUACCUAAGAAUGGCCUAAAUAACAAUGCAGAGGAUAUGUGUAUGUACACACCAACCUUAAAUACGCCAUGUGUAGACGAACCACGAACGACUCAGACGUCAUCGACUCUUAGCAGUAGUAGAAGAAAAUCUGAAUCCCAGGAAAGAGGAAGGCGACUCGAGAGCAUCAAUGAGGACUCGGAAUGUUUCACUUCGGUAAUUCGAAGUGCAUCAACGUCUACAAUGAGUUUUUCGCCUCCUUUCCCAGGAUUUCAGGUUCCUGAGGCUACGGUUGUUUUAAAUAAUGUACACGAAAGGAAAAGCCGUGGUAAUGUGAAUUUGUCAUUUCGAGAAGCCAUUCCUAUAAUGCCAACAGCGAUUGCAAUCAUUUGCUUGAUCUUCAACAUAGUUAUCCCUGGCACAGGUACUAUCAUCUCGGGGUUUGUUGCAUUUUGUUUAUCUGAAGAAGAACCAAUGUAUGACAAAAUGGCCGUCCUUUGUAUCAACUGUUUCGUUGGCCUCGCUCAGUUGGCUACAGUAGUAUUCAUGAUGAUUGGUUGGAUUUGGAGUAUAACUUGGGGAUGCGCUUUUGUUGGGCUUUCAACAAAAUACCGCAGUAAGAGAAAACAGCAUUCAAGACAGUUAGAAGUGAGCACUUCAUGAAACCCAGGCUGUAAAUCAAGAAAGGAGAAUAUAAAUUAACUGAAAAGAUAAACACGACCUGAUAUAUAGUAGUCGUUAUUUAUUUGAUCAAGAAUGAAGACAGGCAAGGCUUCCAGGCUGCUCUUGUUAUCUGCUAAGCCGUUUUUCAACGAAUACCACGAGGAAGAGAGGGACCGUCCUCAGUAAUGGUGCUCUCGUCACAAGCCUAGCCAAUCCUGGGUGCAUUUUUACCAGCAUAGGACUGUCGCGAGCCGGCCCCUAGAAGGCCCGGGUAUAUUUUUUCGUCUGUCAUUUUUACCUUUAAAAAUAGAAUUUUUAGAAGUUUUCUUCAUACUUCUGAAGAUUAAUUAUUCGUUUCUCCGAUGAGGAAUACGGUUACUGAUUUUCCCACUAUAGAGAAAAUCGAUUAUUCCAUAUAUAACUUCAGAUACAUACUGUCUGUCCCUCGGGAGUGGAAGGUAUUCCCAUGUCAAAAGCGCGGGUACGAGUCUAAUUUUGAAAAACAAGACAAAUCAAUUCAAGCAAAAAUGUUUGAGACGUCCUAAAAUCCAACAACUUUCUCCUUUCUUGAUCCAAAAUGAGGGAGUUACGAUUUUAACCCCUAAUAGAUACUAAAGAGCACUAUCCCCGCCCUUUGUUGUAUGGGAGUACCCCCUCCCCCGGGCGGGGGACCUGUCCCCGCAUCCAACAAAACCCCACGUCAGCACCCCUUAUCAAUGUUUAAAAAUUUGUAGUUCUGAUUCUCUAUCUUGAAAUUAUGCCGAUUGAUUGAUUCUCUAUUAUGAAAUUAUUAAAUUUAAAAUUAUGUAUAGUCCGAAUCCUAGGCCUUAUAACCGUCUUUAUUAUAUAGAUAUCGAUGAAAUGCCAUUUUUUCUCUAGUGUCGAAAACUUGAUAUCUUUCACCAGUGGAAGAUACCAUAUCUUUCACACCUGAAGAUAUCGCUGUUGAACCCGCUUCGU